CAUUAUUUGAAUAGAUUGGAGUUGCCAAUUGCCAUUAUCUGAUACCUACAUUGACUUGGAAAACGUAGUUAACCUGCUCAAUCUGAAUCGAAUUUUGCAAGUGUGAAAUUGCUGUUAGACUUCGCUUGGAAAUUAGGACAGAACAUACAGCAAUGAAGUUGGCGCCUAGAGAAACUGAUAAACUGAUGCUCCACAGCGCUGGAGCUUUGGCACAGAAACGUUUGGCGCGUGGGUUGAGGCUUAAUCACGCUGAAGCUGUUGCUCUUAUAGCCGUACAGAUAUUGGAAUUGGUCCGUGAUGGGAAUAAAAGUGUGGCUGAACUUAUGGAUCUUGGGCGACAAAUUUUGGGAAGGAGACAAGUUCUUCCAUCUGUUCCUUAUCUCAUGGAUUCAGUUCAGGUUGAGGGGACCUUUCCAGAUGGGACAAAGUUGAUAACAAUCCAUGAUCCUAUAUCAAGUGAAAAUGGAAAUCUGGAGCUAGCUUUACAUGGGUCUUUCCUUCCAGUUCCAUCUCUAGAUAAGUUUCCAGACCUUGAAGGUUGUAAAAUUCCUGGUGAACUAAUAUUUGGACCAGGACGUAUUACAAUCAACUUAGGAAGGAAAGGUGUAGUUCUCAAAGUGGCUAACACUGGUGACAGACCUAUUCAGGUUGGAAGUCAUUAUCACUUCAUUGAAGUCAAUCCGUACAUGGUUUUUGAUAGGAGAAAAGCAUAUGGCAUGCGCCUAAAUAUCCCUGCAGGAACUGCUAUUCGUUUUGAGCCCGGAGAGACAAAAAGUGUUACACUUGUGCAUAUUGGAGGUGAUCGAGUUAUAAGGGGUGGAAAUAAUAUUGCUGAUGGUGUGGUAGAUGAUGCUAGAAUCCCAGUAGUGAUGCAGGCUGUGCAUGAAAGAGGAUAUGGUUUUUUAGAAGAAGCAAAUGCUAGGGAGUUUGUUGUUGAAGAAGGAUCUCCCCUUUCCUUUUCAAUGACUCAUGAAAGCUAUGCUAAUAUGUACGGUCCAACCACUGGUGAUAAAAUUCGGCUAGGGGACACUGAUUUACUUGCGGAAAUUGAAAGAGAUUAUGCUGUGUAUGGGGAUGAGUGCGUAUUUGGUGGUGGAAAAGUUCUGAGGGAUGGAAUGGGGCAGGGUUCUGGAUUUGACUCACUUGAUUGCGUGGACACUGUAAUUACAAAUGCUGUGAUAAUUGAUUACACAGGAAUUUAUAAAGCUGAUAUAGGCAUAAAACAUGGUAAUAUUUUUUCUAUUGGGAAAGCAGGCAACCCCGAUGUCAUGGAUGCACUCAACAUGAUUAUAGGAGUAAAUACUGAGGUUAUCGCUGGAGAAGGAAUGAUUGUUACGGCAGGAGCUAUAGAUUGUCACGUGCAUUUUAUAUGUCCUCAACUGGCUUAUGAGGCAUUGACUAGUGGCAUCACUACAAUGGUGGGAGGUGGCACAGGACCAGCUGAUGGUACACGUGCUACUACUUGCACUCCAGCACCAUUUCAUAUGGAACUAAUGUUGCAAUCAACAGACGACUUGCCUCUCAAUUUUGGUUUUACAGGGAAAGGAAAUUCCUCCAAAGAAGAGGGUCUACACGACAUAGUGAAAGCUGGAGCAAUGGGAUUGAAACUUCAUGAGGACUGGGGAACUACUCCAGCAGCAAUAGAUAGAUGUUUAUCUAUUGCGGAAUUAUACGACAUUCAGGUUUAUAUUCAUACCGACACAUUAAACGAGUCUGGGUUCGUUGAGCAUACAAUUGCAUCAUUUAAAGACCGCACUAUUCAUACUUACCACAGUGAAGGAGCAGGUGGUGGUCAUGCUCCAGAUAUUAUCAAAGUUUGUGGUGUGAAAAAUGUUCUCCCCUCUUCAACUAAUCCCACACGUCCUUACACCUCCAAUACUGUGGAUGAGCACCUUGAUAUGCUUAUGGUCUGCCAUCACCUUGACAAGAAUAUUAGAGAGGAUGUUGCAUUUGCCGAGUCACGAAUCCGUGCUGAAACCAUAGCUGCAGAAGACAUCUUGCAUGACAUUGGGGCAAUAAGCAUCAUAUCAUCUGAUUCCCAGGCCAUGGGUCGCAUUGGGGAGGAAAUAUCUCGUUUUAAUCUGGUAAUUUCCAGAACUUGGCAAACUGCCCACAAAAUGAAGUCAGUGAGAGGUCCACUUGAAAACAGUUCACCAGAAAAUGAUAAUUUGCGUAUCAAGCGUUACAUCGCGAAGUACACAAUUAAUCCCGCUAUAGCUUGUGGAUUUUCUGAUCAUGUUGGAUCUGUUGAGGUAGGCAAGUUGGCUGAUCUUGUUUUAUGGAAGCCGUCAUUUUUUGGAGCCAAACCAGAAAUGGUGUUAAAAGGAGGCACUAUAGCUUGGUCUAAUAUGGGUGAUCCGAAUGCGAGCAUCCCAACUCCAGAACCGGUAACAAUGAGGCCCAUGUUUGGAGCAUUUGGCAAAGCUGCGAGUGCCAAUUCAAUUGCAUUUGUCAGUGAGGUUGCCCUUAGUUCUGGAGUAAAAGAGCAAUAUGGACUGAACAAGAGGGUUAAAGCUGUAAGUAACGUGAGGAAGCUGACAAAGCUUGACAUGAAGCUUAAUGAUGCCCUCCCACAAAUCACGGUCGACCCUGAGACCUACACUGUGACAGCAGAUGGCACGGUUCUUACCUGCCCGCCUGCUAAUACAGUCCCAUUGUCACGGAAUUACUUUCUCUUUUAAGCGCUGCUGGUUUGUGAGGUGUGAUUAGAGCUAAGUGCUAUCGUAUAACAAGCAAGACUGAAUUGUAAUGUGACCUUUGUUGUUGGCUUCCGGAAACUAAUACUCGGUGUGCUAUACAAGUCCCUGUACCUUGCAAGUCGAGAUAAUUAAUUUCCAAUUAUUGUAUAUGAGUAAUAGAUUUAGGAGAUUUUUCCAUGCUCUGAGAAAUACGACACAUCUUGAAUUUCCUUUUAGCAUUCCACAAAUUGGGUGCUUUUCUUGUGCAUAUCUAUCUAUUCUAUCUGUAA